AAAAAUCAUCUCAUCCCGAGCGCCGCCAUGGCGCUUGCUUUGCAUCUUCCCAUUCGAUCUGAAAAUUUUGUCUCGCUUGAGGCGUCUGACGACGACGACAGCAGAGGGGAGUGCCGUCCGACGACGGAGGGGAGACGGCAUCAAGGAUGCCACGAAGCUUGAGGCAGAGGUCCGGGGUGGAGAUGCUGAAGGGGUACAUGGCGGAGGGGCGAUCCGGGCCCACGAGGCGGUGGCGGCGGUGGCGGCCCAAUGCCGGGGGCGCGGAGUUACCGGAUGUGGCCGGAGGCUGUGGCUGGUGGCGUGGGUGCGGUGCUCCCGGGCGAAGAUGGCUGCGCGGCGGUGGGGCUGACGGCGACGGUGGCAGAUGGCGGCGACGGGAAGGGGCUGGCGGAAAGGCUCCGACUGGGAAGUCUGGUAGAGGACGGGCUGUCGUACAAGGAGAGCUUCAUCAUGAGGUGCUACGAGGUGGGGAUCAACAAGACCGCCACCAUCGAGACUAUCGCCGAUCUCCUCCAGGUAUAUUUGCUUAGAAUGGACACAGGUGAAGUUUCCAAAGUCUUCACAGCCGGUUAUUUUGAUGCUCUUCUCUACCGUUGCUUGGAGAUGCUGGAGGAAGCAUAAUGCUAGACUCUUUCUCAACAAAAUCUCCUCAGCGUAGACUGUUGCAUGAGACGCUUUGUCCUUUUUCACAGACUGGUCGAUCCUUUGUGACUCCAACCAACUGAAGAUCUUUGACGCUAUUUGGUCUAAGAUUAAGCAAGUUUCUUCCUUCAUGCCAUGCCCUUAAUCUCAUUUCUCUGCUCCCAACUCUGUUCUAUUAUCUUGUAGCAGGCUUGAGAAUGCAUCCUCAGGCCUAGGUCUUGAGUUCUCCAUCAGCAACCAAUUGGAAGGAGUACAACCUAUCCUUUAACUCUCUUGCGAGUUCGGCAAUCUUGAAGACAGUCUCUAUCCCUCCCAUUUUCUUUAGCAUCUGGUGAAUUGAUGAGGGUAGCUAUCUCAUCAUUUUUGGUUCAUGUCGUGAAAUGAGGCCGAAGGACAGUGGUGCUGGGUGAAGCCUUCAGUAUGAAGUCUGUAGUCUGAAGUCUGUAGGCUAAAAGCCAUUUUCUGUAGUCUGAAGUAUGAAAAUCAUCUUUAUUCAGUAGAUUGAAUACUAUUUAGAAACUAUGAUAGUUUUGAAGCCUGUCUAAAAUCUGUCGCUCCCUGUACAAUACUCCAAGUCGGCCACCUUCUAAAAAGACUAUUGGGGUCAUUUUUGGAUGCUAUGGCCUGGAGUCCGUUCUCCUAUCAUCAUCAUGCUGUCCAGAGGCCCGAUUUUGAAUACCAAGCUGGUUAGUCUAUUGUAAAGCCUGUUCAUAGUGAUCAGAUGAAUGUCAAAGUCUGGUUUGAUUUUUUUUAGAGUCUGUUUUAGAGCCUGUGUUCGAUGCUGGGCUCUGAAAAGUAUAGACGGGGUCAGUGCAAUAGUUUCAAGUGGGACCUGCUACUUAUUUUGAUCUGUAACUCUUUUCUCUUUUACUCUGUAUAUAUUUUCUGUUAUUAAUAAAAGCUGGGUGGCU